GCUCAAACAGAAAACCCUAGAGCUGUGAACGCAAUGUUUCCUCUCAAUCCCAAACAUAUGCCUAAAUCAGUGGCCUCCCUAAUAUCAGACCAUGCUUCCUCCCUAAUCUCAGGCUAUGCUUCCAUUACAGCAAUAGGGAUGUUGUUCCGUGCAGUUGUCAAAGAACUCAAAGACCUCAUUCCCCCCUGGGUUAGAUCAUACAUAUACUCGAAACUCCGGAACUACUUCUUUAGACCUCCUCCCCCAAAUAAUCAACUAACAUUUGUCAUAAAAAAGAACACUGGCAUGGAGCCUAACGAGGUCUAUAAGAAGGUAGAGGUCUACCUCGGAGCCAAGAUUAGUCCCUCCGAUAUGCGUCUUGAACUGAGCAAAACAAACCGGCAGAAGACAAUCAGCCUUGCCAUUGAAAAGAGAGGCCAAGUUGUCAAGGACACCUUUGAUGACAUUAAGCUCCAGUGGCGCUACAUAGCCAAAUCAAAGAAGUCAUCCAAAACCAACAACAGUCCUGCUGAUGAUGAUGAAGAAGAGAAAUAUAACUGUGGCUUUGAGUUAACUUUCAAUAAGAAACACAAAGCCAAAGUGAUGGACUCCUACAUGCCCUAUGUGUUUGCUCAGGCUGAUUCCAUUCAGCGACGGCAAAAGGUUCUAAAGCUUUAUUGCUCUUCUAAAAGUAGCAUAGAUCUUGUGCACCCUGCUACUUUUGACACAGUGGCAAUGGAACCAGAACUUAAGAAAAUGAUUAUAGAUGACUUGGAUAGGUUUCUGGAGAGGAGAGAAUUAUAUAAGAAGGUUGGGAAGGCAUGGAAAAGAGGAUAUUUGUUAUAUGGUCCACCUGGAACUGGAAAAUCUAGCUUAAUUGCUGCUAUGGCCAAUUAUCUCAAGUUUGAUAUAUAUGAUUUGGAGCUUUCUACUAUUUACAGCAACUCUGACCUGAGAAGGGUAUUGCUGUCUACUACUAAUCGUUCCAUUGUGGUCAUUGAGGAUAUUGAUUGCAGUGUGAAGAUCAAUAAUCGGGAAUCAGCUAUGUCAUCUAAGACCGCAACACCCGGUAUUCCUGCAAGCAAGUUCACACUCUCGGGCCUACUGAACUUCAUUGAUGGUUUGUGGUCAUGCUGCGGUGAUGAGAGGAUAAUUGUGUUCACCACCAACCACAAGGACAAACUAGACCCUGCAUUGUUGCGUCCAGGUCGAAUGGACGUGCACAUCCACUUGUCAUAUUGCACUCCAAGUGGAUUCAGAACCUUAGCAUCUAACUACCUUGGCAUUCAUGAAAGCAACCCUCAUCACCUCUGUGGGGAAAUUGAAAGCUUAAUAGAGAGCACAGAGGUCACUCCUGCAGCUGUAGCUGAGGCGCUUAUGAAGAGUGAUGAUGUAGAUGUUGUUCUUGAAGGGCUUGUCAAAUUCCUCAAAGAAAAGAAGGCAGCAGAUGAUAAAAUAAAGUUAAAAAAUGCUAAAAAGACCGAGGAGGAAAGGACUAAGGCAGAAGAGGAGGAAGGGGCUAACAAAGCUUUCCUGCCUCUCUGGGAUGAGGAUUUGAAGCUGAACACAAUGUUUCCUCUCAAUCCCAAACAUAUGCCUAAAUCGGUGGCCUCCCUAAUAUCAGACUAUGCUUCCUCCCUAAUCUCAGCCUAUGCUUCCAUUACAGCAUUAGGGAUGUUGUUCCAUGCAGUUGUCAAAGAACUUAAAGACCUCAUUCCCCAGUGGGUUAGAUCAUACAUAUACUUGAAAGUUCAGAACUACUUCUUUAAACCUCCCCCAAAUGAUCACCUAACUCUUGUCAUAAAACAGACCAGCGGCAUAGUGCUUAACGAGGUCUAUGAGAAGGUAGAUGUCUACCUUGGAGCCAAGAUUAGUCCCUCCGAUACACGUCUUGAACUGAGCAAAACAUACCGGCAAAAAACCAUCAGCCUUGCCAUUGAAAAAAGAGGCCAAGUUGUCAAGGACACCUUUGAUGACAUUGAGCUCCAGUGGUGCUACAUAGCCAAAUCAAAUAAGUCUUCCAAAACCAACAAUAGUCCUGCUGCUGAUGAUGAAGAAGUGAAACAUCACUGUGGCUUUGAGUUAACAUUCAAUAAGAAACACAAAUCCAAAGAGAUGGACUCCUACAUGCCCUAUGUGUUUGCUCAGGCUAAUUCCAUUAGGCAACGGGAAAAGGUUCUAAAGCUUUAUUGCUCUGCCAAUUAUAGUUCAUCAAGAAGUAGCAUAGAUCUUGUGCACCCUGCUACUUUUGACACUGUGGCAAUGGAACCAGAACUUAAGAAAAUGAUUAUAGAUGACUUGGAUAGGUUUCUGGAGAGGAGAGAAUUAUAUAAGAAGGUUGGGAAGGCAUGGAAAAGAGGAUAUUUGUUAUACGGUCCACCUGGAACCGGAAAGUCUAGCUUAAUUGCGGCCAUAGCCAAUUAUCUCAAGUUUGAUAUAUAUGAUUUGGAGCUUUCUAGUAUGUUCAGCAACUCUGACCUGAGAAGGGUAUUGCUGUCUACUACUAAUCGUUCUAUUGUGGUCAUUGAGGAUAUUGAUUGCAGUGUGAAGAUCAACAAUCGGGAAACAGCUAUGUCAUCUAAAACAGCAACACCCGGUUAUCCUGCAAGCAAGUUCACACUCUCGGGCCUACUGAACUUCAUAGAUGGUCUGUGGUCAUGCUGCGGCGAUGAGAGAAUAAUUAUCUUCACCACCAACCACAAGGACAAAUUAGACCCUGCACUGUUGCGUCCAGGUCGAAUGGACGUGCACAUUCACUUGUCAUAUUGCACUCCAAAUGGAUUCAGAACCUUAGCAUCUAAUUACCUUGGCAUUCAUGAAAGCAACCCUCAUCACAUCUGUGGGGAAAUUGAAAGCUUAAUAGAGAGCACAGAGGUCACCCCUGCAGCUGUAGCUGAGGCGCUUAUGAAGAGCGAUGAUGCCGAUGUUGUUCUUGAAGGGCUCGUCAAAUUCCUCAAAGAAAAGAAGGCCGCAGAUGAUGAGUUAAAAAAGGCCAAAAAAGCUGAUGAGGAAAGGACUAAGGCAGCAAAGGAGCAAGGGACUAACAAAGCAGAGAGGCAGGAAAGGGACGAGGAUGUGAGCACAAACUGCGAGAAAAAUUGGCAGAAGAGAGAAGCUACAUUUUGAUCAGGGGAAAUUGCUACUUUAUUGAUUGGGAAUGCAAAUUUUCUAUUAGCCAAAAAUAAGAAAAGAGGAAUACAGAUUGUCUGUGGAAACUCUUCUUGAGCUAAUUUCUACUUCCGAGUUCCAAUCCAACAACCUAAAUAGUAGCUUGCUUUUAUUUGAAGUAGGAUUUCAUAUCUAUCUUUGCAGUAGGAAUUUCUAUAUUUUUGGGUUGAAUUUGGUUCUAGCAUCUUUAGGGAAUUAUGGUUCUGUUUUAUUCAUUUCUUUCGAAUUAUAUGUUUGCAAAUCAGUUUUCUUGGCACAUAUUGCACAUCGGAACCCUUGUGAGCCAUUUACAGUGUCCUACAUUUCUACCUAUAUGCUGAGGUUCUGGGAUUUUCGGUAUGAGAGUG